UCUUCUUCCUCUUCUUCUUCUCCUUCCCUACAACCUUACUUUCCCUUUUCUCACACACAUUUCACAAUGGUCAACAACAGCGUCGGUCCUUUUGGCAACAACGGCCCGCUCACAAUCGGCUUGGCAGCUCUGGCUCUAGUGUCCUCGUCCGUAGUCAUCUACCGCCAGUACCCAGCCCUAACGCGCAGCUCCAUCAAGCAGCAGAAGAAGCUCUUCUCUUCCCAGACGCCCAUCUCAAACGACUCGGUCGCUCUAGACCACUUGCUCGCCGCUUUCGGUCCCGAUGGGAGAAACGCUCCAGGUACCGCUGCGGGGUGCAUGGUUGCGAGUCCUUCAAAGGAAGGAGACGGAGACUCGAACAACUACUGGUUCCAGUGGCCCAGAGACAGUGGAUGCUGCGUUCGCUCUCUCCUCGACAUCAUGAAGUCGGUCGAGGAAGGCAAGGACGCUGGAGUCUACUCUGCUAGCGAUAUUGAGCGCAGAGUCAAGGACUUCUUCACAAUGUCGCUCAAGCUGCAGCACACGCCCAACCAGAGUGGCACAUUCGAGACGGGCGGUCUGGGUGAGCCAAAGUUCAACGUUGAUGGAACUGCUUUCGAGGGCAGCUGGGGACGACCUCAGAACGAUGGACCUGCUUUGCGAUCCAUUGUUGCUGCAAAAUACCUGCAGCACCUGCUCAAGACCAGGGACGCAGGUGAUGCUUCGACUAAGUUCGCCAAGCAGCACCUCUGGGGCGUGGGAGCUGGUGCGGACAAGAGCCUGAUCAAGGCCGACCUAGACUACAUCAGUCGAGCCUGGAAAGGCGAGACCUUUGAGCUCUGGGAAGAGGUCAAUGCGGCCAAUGGAGGCCACUUCCACGUACUUAUGACGCAGCGUCGAGCUCUUCUGGAAGGUGUCAAGCUGGCCAAGGACAAGACGCUCGAAAAGGACGAUGGAGCUGCUGAAAGAUGGACGAAGGCCGCUGACGCUAUCACCAAGCGGCUAGAGGAUUUCUGGAAUCAGGAUGGAGCUCUGGACAUCGAGGGUGGCUCAAAGGAGGGCGAUAAUGUCAAGUGGGACGAUGACCGCAACCUCUCUCUUAUUCCCAAGGAGGUCCUCUCCAGUGCCCAUGUGGUCCCCACUAGGGACCGGGUUAGUGGGCAGCCUAAGCCUACCCAGGCUGACACUGCAGUCUUGCUCGGCUUCACUCAUGCCUGGGACGGUGAUGUGGGCAAGAAGGAGGACGAUACAUGGGAGCCUUGGAGUGAACGAUGCCUUGCUACUCUGAACAGGAACAUCGAGGUCUUUGCUGCUGUCUACCCGGUCAACAAGGGCAGGAAGCCAGAAGAGGGCGUCUUGUGCGGAAGAUAUCCCGAGGACGUCUACGAUGGUGUGGGCCAAUCCAUCGGCAACCCAUGGUUCCUGACGACCUUUGCAGUCUCCAAUGUCCUCUAUCUCUUCAUCGCCCACCACGCCACCACCUCCCUGCCUAUUAGCAUCUCCCCCCUCACCCACUCCCUCUUCAAGAAGGCGUACCCUUCUCUCCCGUCAAGUCAAACGGCCACCUACCAUCGAGGAUCAAAGGAGUGGGAGCUCAUCCUCAAGGGACUGAGAAGUAUGGCGGAGAGGUUUGUAGAGAAUGCUGCGAGGUAUGCAGAUAAGACGGGUAGGAUGUCGGAGCAGAUUGAUCGGUUCGAUGGACAUAUGAGGGGUGCGAGGGAGUUGAGCUGGAGCUUUGCAAGCUUGUUGGCGGUGCAUUACGCGAGGCAGCUCGUCGUCUAAAGAGUCCACAGACAGACGACAAGCAUCGAUCGACGUGCGAAGCAGAUUUGCUGUUUAUAGAACUCCCCAUACUCAAUCAAUCAACAAUAUCAUGCGAGAGCCAUACUGGUC